AUUUAAAAUACACAAAUUUUACAAAACCAUUUCUGUCGAGAUAAACUUAAGAAGAGAAAUAAAAACACAAAACAUAAUCCCAUAGCAGAAGUUCGUCAGAGACUCCAUUCAACUCCACCUGGCACCUGUAGUAAACCGGCACUCCUGGUCAACUUUGGAGAAAUAUCACAUAUUUCAUAAUGCAAAUGAAGGAAGAGCUCAACCAACCUGUCUUUGAAAACUCGUCUUUACAGUGGAGUCAAUGGCAGUUGUUGGAUUCGAUUCUACCUACCGGUGGAUUUGCUCAUUCUUUUGGUCUUGAAGCCGCAGUUCAGUCGCGCAUAGUGUCUGAUUCCAAUGACCUCAAGACAUUUCUUAUUCAUGUAUUGGAGAACACAGGGAGCUUAUUCCUUCCUUUCGUGCAUUCAGCUUGCACGUCACCGAGUAUGGAAAACUGGCAUAACCUCGACAGAAUAUUGGAUGCUACCCUUACUAACGAAGUGGGUCGAAAGGCGUCAAUUUCGCAAGGAUCUGCGUUAAUGAGGGUAGCUUCAGCUGUGUUUUCUGAGAUGCCCUCUCUCAAAACAAUGAGAGAUACUUCAUUAAAGUUAGGGACUGUAACCUUUCAUCACGCUCCUAUAUUCGGACUAACAUGUGGAGCAUUGGGAUUCGAUAGUGCGAGUUCGCAGAGAGCUUAUAUGUUCAUCACGAUGCGGGAUGUGAUAUCUGCUGCUACAAGACUGAACUUGAUAGGACCACUUGGAGCAGCAUUGUUGCAGCAUCAAGUUGCUCCCAUUGCUGAAGUUAUAUUAGAAAAAUGGAUGAAUCGUGAUGUUGAGGAUGCUUGUCAAACUAUGCCUCUUCUAGAUACUGUGCAAGGCUGCCAUGGUUACUUGUUUUCUAGGCUGUUUUCAUCUUAGAAGGUGAUGAGGGCCACAAAAAUAUGGACAAGAAUUCAUAUUUCAGUAAUUAUUGAGAAAUUUGUUUUAUUUUAA